AUUUAUGUUACAGCUCUGUGCCAUGUCUGUGAAGAGCCCAUCAGACCUGCUCAAUGAAAACACGUACAUCCCUCCUUCCCUGACCCUUGACCACCUCUGCUUAUCACAUGAAAGAAAGUUGGGCCUGGCAGAGACUCGUGGGUCAAAUCCUUUCUCUCUAAAGAGUCAACUUAAUUACAGCAGCUCAAACUCUCUCCAGCUUCUCAAAGGCAUUAUGGGAGGACUAGAUGAUGAUGAUGUUUCCCUACGGCACGAGGAAGAUGAAUGGAGCAGAAAUCAGGAGAAUGAACACAGUCUUCCAGGCUCUGAGAGCAACGCCAAGUGGAUGAAGGAAGAUCAGAAUCAAAUAUGCAAGUUAGCAGAGCAGCAGCAGCAAGACCAGAAUCUCAACCUGAUUGAAAACAAGAAUGAAUCCACUGACAGAAACCCAAACCAGAACUCACAGCGGCGCCAUGAAGAGAAGAACAAGACCCUGAAAGCGCUCUGCUCUGACCUGCACAGUUGGGCAGCUGAUGAACCUCUUCUGAUUUACUCUUCUAACACUCUAAUGGAGAAGAAUCAAGAAAACCAAGAGCAGACGAGAGACGAGGAAGUAGAGAGAGAGAAAGAGGAAAAUUUAAAUCCCAGUGGAGACGAGAACACCGAUUCUUCUGAGAUUCAGAAGAAAGGAGGUGAAGGUGGCAGCAGAAAUGCUUGUUUGCUGUUCAGUAAGAACGGCGUUCCCAGUGACGAGGACUCCAGCUGCAUGUCGCUGUCACAGGGAAGCACUGCAAGCAGCACCCCAGAUGGAGAGCCAGAGUCCUACUGGGAUGGCAGUGCAUUUGAAACAGACACAGACCUGCCUGCUGGUUGGAUGCGAGUGCAGGACACAUCAGGCACCUACUAUUGGCACAUUCCCACAGGUACCACGCAGUGGGAGCCACCGGGGCCGCUAGAGGAGAGACCAGCCAGCGUGUCGCCUGCGGUCACACCUGCUGACGAGCCACAGAUUACAUGGAGCGGUGUUUCUCAUCCAAACACUUUAACUGAGGAAGAGCACUGGCAGGAGGACGUGGCUUCUGAUGAAAGUCUGAAGGAGUUUGAGGGAGCAACUCUACGCUAUGCCUCUAUCAAUCUCAGUUUUUCUCAGUCUGAGGAGGAAGAGGAACAGACUUAUUUCAGCAGUAAUGAGGGGGCGAAGUGUUUUGCAGUGCGCUCUCUGGGCUGGGUGGAGAUAUCAGAAGAGGAAAUGGCUCCUGGCAGGAGUAGUGUUGCCGUUAAUAACUGUAUCCGACAGCUGUCCUACCAGAAACACAAUCUAGAUGACACAGCUGGCAUCUGGGGCGAGGGGAAGGAAAUGCUUCUGGUGCUGGAGAAUGAGACUCUGAACCUGAUCGAGCCUCACGGUCGAACGCUGCUUUACUCUCAGCCGAUCAUCAGCAUUCGUGUGUGGGGAGUUGGACGUGAUGAUGGCAGGGAGAGGGACUUUGCAUAUGUGGCACGAGACAAGUUGACUCACAUGCUCAAGUGUCAUGUAUUUCGGUGUGACACCCCUGCAAAGAACAUCGCCACAAGCCUGCAUGACAUCUGCUCAAAGAUAAUGGCCCAGAGGAAGUCAUCCAGCAGACUGAACACUGACCCCUCAAGACUUAGGGACAUCCCCUUCCAGGAGUUCCCGGCUCCCAAGAACGAGCUGGUCCAGCACUUCCAGGUGCGGUACUUGGGUCGUGUGCCAGUGACAAAGCCAGCUGGCAUGGAUGUGAUCAAUGUAGCACUGGAGACUGCUCUUAACAGCAAAGACCAGGAGGACUGGACACCUGUGACUGUGAACGUGGCGUCCGCUACACUCACUAUUCUGACUUCUGAGACAGAGGAAGUUCUUUCUGAAUGUCGUGUGCGUUUCCUGGCAUUUAUGGGAGUCGGGAAGGAUGUGCACACGUUUGCAUUCAUAAUGGCAGAGGGACCUGGAGACUUUAUCUGCCACAUGUUCUGGUGUGAUCCAAACGCAGCCAGUCUAAGUGAAGCCGUACAGGCCGCCUGUAUGCUGAGGUAUCAGAAGUGUUUGGAUGCUCGGCCCCCCAGCAGUGGCAGCUCUUGUCUCCCCGGCCCCCCUGCCGACUCUGUCGCCCGCAGGGUCGGAUCCAGUGUGAAGAAGGGUGUUCAGAGUCUGCUGGGUAGCUUCAAGAGAUCUGGAUCUCAGACACCCUAAAAAGGACAACACCUCCUCCGCAGUGCUCACUGCAAAUAUGUUUUGUUCUGUGUGUGCUUGUGUGAUUGAUGGGUCGUUCACACCACUGCGACUGUCCUU